UGCAUCACCACUGCUUGGUAACCAUUCAACGCUUACACUAGCAUUCGGUUCCUAAACUGUGCACAAUCCACGGCGUGACAUAUCCAUCUUCAUACGCGACAUACUGUAUCCUAUGUUUUUUUAUAAUCUGUGAAGAUCUUACUUCUCGAGCCUCUGUCGCCCGCCGCAUAAUACACCAUGGCCUACGUCGCCCCGAUUCACCGGCCGAGCAGCGUGCGGCACGCUCUGCGUAUCAACCUUUUGUCGCCCGAGGAGGAGAGCUUGAUUAUCGCGAAAACAAAUCGCAUCGAAAUAUGGAAGCUUGCCGACGGUCAUCUGUCCAUGAUCCAUUCCAAGGUUAUCAACGGGACCAUCACGAUUCUCCAAAAGCUCCAGCCUAAAGACCACCCGACCGACCUCCUCUUCGUUGGCACCGAUCAGUUCGAAUACUUUACGGCAGAAUGGGAUCGCGAAACCCAACAGCUAAAAACCCUGAACCGAUUCAGCGAUCCGGGCGAGCGCCACAUGCGCGAUUCCCAAAGUCAAAACAAAUGCAUCGUCGAUCCCAGCGGAAGGUUCAUGGCCAUGCACCUAUGGGAAGGGGUCUUGUCGGUUUGGCGGCUGGGUAACCGCAAGAACACGGCGACGACACUUGACAUAUUGGUACAAGUGCGCCUGUCCGAGCUCUUCAUCAAGGGCAGCACCUUCCUGUACACCGAGACCGGCAUUCCCAAGGUUGCCUUCCUCUACCGGAAUCAAGCCAACUCCAACGAAACCAAGCUGGCGACGUACCGUCUCACGUCGGACGACCGGCACACAGAGAUUUCCAAGUUUGAUCCCACGAGAGACCGAGAGAUCGACGCUGAUGUGGAAGAUCCCGGUGCGGGCAUACUGAUUCCGGUCAAAAAGGUUGAAGAGGAGGUCAAGAGGCACCAUUUCCGUAAUACGGAGCAAGCGAAGCCCCAUGUCGGUGGUCUAAUAGUUGUUGGCGAAACGCGGUUGCUGUACAUUGACGAAGUGACCAAAACGCAGGUCGAGUCCGCCCUCAGGGAACCCUCGAUAUUUGUCGCUUGGGCAGAGUACGAUCCUACUCACUACUUCUUAUCGGAUGACUACGGAAACUUACAUUUGCUCACCAUCUUGACGGAGGGCGCAGUGGUCACUGGAAUGGAUGUCUCCAACAUUGGAAAGACAGCCCGCGCACACGUCUUGACGUACUUGGGCGACGACAUGUUGUUUGUCGGUUCGCACUACGGCAAUUCACAGCUUUAUCGGCUCAACCUUCUAAGCGAGGAUCUCAGUGAAAUCCUGCAACUGGUCCAGGUGCUAGAGAAUAUCGGUCCUGUUACGGAUUUCACCGUGAUGGACAUGGGCAAUCGGGAAAACGACAGCCAGCUGGGCAAUGAGUACUCUUCUGGCCAAGCCCGUAUUGUCACAGCAAGUGGUGUCUUCAAGGACGGAACCUUGCGAAGUGUGCGAAGCGGUGUUGGUUUACAGGACAUUGCAAUCCUGGGUGAACUGCAGCACACUCGGGCGCUCUUCUCCCUCCAGUCUUACAACUCUCCACGCGUGGAUACGCUGGUCGCGUCCUUCUUGACGGAUACCCGAAUAUUCAAGUUCGACCCUCACGGAGAGAUCGAGGAAGUUGACAAUUACUACGGGAUGGACCUACAGCAUCAAACACUACUGGCGACGAACCUCGACAAUGGGCAACUGCUUCAGGUGACGACGGCCGCGGCUACUCUUCUUGACGCUGAAAGCGGAGUCACGAUAGCAUCGUGGGCUCCUGAAGGCGACAGGCAGAUCAUCAACGCUUCAGCUAACAAACACUGGCUGCUCUUGUCUGUGCAAGGCACUACCCUGGUCUCCAUCAACAUUGAUAACGACUUGACGGUUGUGCAAGAGAAGGACAUCAGUGAACAGGAUCAGAUAGCCUGCAUCCACGUGGCGCCUCAGCUAUCGGAUGUGGGCGUGGUGGGGUUUUGGACGUCCGGAACGGUGUCCAUUAUCGAUAUGAGCACCCUGGAACCGAUACACGGCGAAUCACUCCGCCGCAGCGCAGACGAUGCUUCCAUACCGCGUGAUCUCGUCUUGGCCAAGGUGCUUCCCAAUGCGCCUGGAAUGACCUUGUUCAUUGCCAUGGAGGAUGGAAAUGUAGUCACGUUCAACAUUGGCGAAGACCUGACCUUUUCUGGACGGAAGAGUGUCAUCCUUGGUACCAGGGAGGCGCGCUUCCAUUUACUGCCACAGCAGGAUGGGAUCUACAGCAUCUUCGCGACGACUGAGCACCCCAGUCUUAUCUACGGCUCAGAAGGGCGGAUUAUCUACUCGGCUGUGACGGCUGAGGACGCUACCUGUGUCUGUCCCUUUGACUCUGAGGCUUUCCCAGGGGCUGUCAUUUUGUCUACCGAGAACGAGAUCAGGAUUUCCGAGAUUGACACAGCCAGACAGACGCACGUGCGAUCUUUGGAAUUGGGAGAGAUGGUGCGUAGAAUCGCCUACUCGCCUAGUGAAAAGGGUUUCGGACUCGGAUGUAUCAGGAGAGAGGUAGUCAAUGGCGAGGAGAUCAUUCACAGCUCUUUUAAGCUGGUUGAUGAGAUCUUAUUUGCGAGGGUUGGCAAGGAGUUCAUGCUCGGAACAUCGUCGUACUCCGAACUAGUGGAGGACGUCAUCCGAGCAGAGCUGCCUGACUCUUAUGGAAAUCUUGUGGAGAGGUUUAUCGUCGGUACAAGCUUCCUGGAGGAUCCUGACCGUGGCGCUGGUACGGACAAGCGCGGUAGGAUCUUGGUGUUCGGGAUCGACAGCAACCGGGAUCCGUACUUGGUCCUCAAGCACGAGCUGAAAGGCGGCUGUCGCGCUCUGGCGGUCAUGGGCAGCAAAAUCGUGGCUGCACUCCACAAGACAGUGGUUAUCAGCCAGUACGAGGAAACGUCAAGCACUGAGGCCCAUCUCGUCAAGCUCGCGUCUUAUCGGUGCACAACUUAUCCGGUCGACAUCGCGGUGCAUGGCAACAUGAUUGCUGUUGCUGAUAUGAUGAAGUCGGCUACACUGGUCGAGUACGUCCCGGCCAAAACCGGAGGGGAGAAGUCCGAAGCCCCCAAGUUGGUAGAGUGCGCGAGACACAGGCAUUCUGCGUGGGCAACGGCCGUGGCUCACGUUGAGGGCGAGUCUUGGCUUGAAGCUGAUGCCAAUGGCAAUCUGAUCGUGCUUCAACGCAAUGCUGAGGGCGUGACAGUGGAGGACCAGCGGCAACUGAGGAUAACAAGCGAGCUCAACCUGGGAGAACAGGUGAACAAAAUACGCCCGAUCAAGGUCGAGACUAGCCCGAACGCCAUCAUCAUUCCUCGAGCGUUCUUGGCCACGGCGGAAGGCGGUAUUUACAUGUUUGGUACGAUUGCGCGCGAACAAGACCUCUUACUUCGGUUCCAGGAUAAACUGGCGGCGGUGAUCAAGACAGUUGGCGAACUCGAUUUCAACUCCUACAGGGCAUUCCGCAAUGCGGAAAGGGGGCCCGAGGCAGAUGGAACGACUGGGCCGGUCAGGUUCCUGGAUGGGGAGUUGCUGGAGAGGUUUUUGGAUGUGGAUGAGAAGACGCAGAAGGAGAUCUGCGAAGGUCUUGGGCCGAGCGUUGAGCAGAUGCGCAAUAUGGUAGAGGAGCUACGGAGGAUGCACUGAGCCAACGGUUAGACACUUAACGUGCAUGAUUGGAUGUCUACAAGUCAUCGCUUUGGCUGCUGAAGAUUUUGGCAGUUGCAAGUGUUGUCAAUAAGUGCUGUGCUCAAAACAUGGCUGCAUAGGGUGAGAGAAGAUGAGUCUGUGAAUAGCCUCAGAUGAACGAAUGAAUUAUGUAUGAUCAAUAGAUCAAUUGACAUCACUGUCUUGGCACCCUUGGCUCGCCG